UUUUUAAUUGUUCGUACCGCAAUAGUUUUGGUCAACUGUUUAACGUGUGUGAAUCGCGAUACUUAAACUAUUAAGUUCUCUCAUCCAUCAUCAUCUAGGAGUAGCAGAAACGACUCCAGUUUGAUUUUACUGGCCUAUCUUAUUGUUAAUAUGAAGAUAAAAGCUUGAUUUUUUUUCAUUUCUACUUCUUGAUUUGAAAAGAAAAUGGGUAAACAGAAUAGCAAAUUGAAACCUGAAGUAUUAGAAGAUCUCAGACAAAAUACAGAAUUUUCAGAUUCUGAGAUUCAAGAAUGGUAUAAAGGAUUCUUGAAAGAUUGUCCUGGUGGGCAUCUUAGUGUUGAAGAGUUCAAAAAAAUUUAUGGAAACUUUUUUCCAUAUGGUGAUGCAUCAAAGUUUGCAGAACAUGUAUUCCGAACAUUUGAUGCCAAUAGUGAUGGUACAAUUGACUUCAGGGAAUUCCUUUGUGCUUUAUCAGUAACAUCUAGAGGGAAACUAGAGCAAAAACUAAAAUGGGCGUUUAGUAUGUAUGACUUGGAUGGUAAUGGAUACAUAUCACGCCAAGAAAUGUUGGAAAUUGUUACAGCCAUUUACAAAAUGGUAGGUACUGUGAUGAAAAUGCCUGAAGAUGAGUCUACACCCGAAAAAAGAACUGAUAAGAUAUUUAGACAGAUGGAUAAGAAUAAUGAUGGUCGUCUAUCUUUAGAAGAAUUCAUUGAAGGGGCAAAAAGUGAUCCUUCAAUAGUCCGGUUGUUACAGUGUAAUCAUACUGUUCAAUAAAUUGACUAUAUAGCAAAAUUUUAUGGUCAAUAAUAAAUUUAUAAUAGAAUUACAUCUUUUUAUAUAUUAUUUAACCAUAAAGAAAAAAAUAUUUGAGGAAUUAAACAAUAAAUUUGAGUAUACAUAAAUUAAAUAUUAUGGUGCAUAUUCCAGUUAUUAAUUCAAAUUCGAUUUCAUAAACAUUUACCAGUAUUUUUUUGGAAAUCAAAGAAAUCGUUUCAAAAAGUUAAAUAUUUUCAUUUUAUGUUCAUAUAGUGUAUAGUCAAUGUGUAUGAGUAAUUCGAAUAUUUUGCUUUUAAAAAAUUAUUGUUUUUUACUGUGAUAUAUUCCUAAACUAAUUUUUAUUUUAUCCUAAGAGAAACUCAAUUCACUUUAAUUAUAGUUAAAAUAUUUUAACUCAAAUAUUUAUAUAUUAUUUUAUAAAUAUUUGAAUCAAAUUUUUUUAGAAACUAAAAACAAAUUGUUCUAACAAUUUCUUUUGUUCCAUAUUAUAAUUUUUAACCCACAUUUUUAUUUUUAAAAUUUAUAUUUAAUUGUUGAUUGAAAAUAAUAUUUGUUAAUGCUUGAGUUUAUUAUUUCUCUGAUUACUUCUAAAUAACUAUUAUUCAAUUAACAUAAAAAAAUGUAUGUCUCUUUUUAAAUGAAUUUAAUAGAUAUACUUAUUAAAUUUGUUGGGCAUCAAAUAUUAUUAGAAAAAUGACAUUGAACUCAAUUGUGAAAUAUUUAUCCAUAGUUUUCAUUAUAUAAUAAAUAAUUUUUGUAUACUGUUUUAAACAGUAUUAAGCUAAAAUAUUUAUCCUUUAUUAGACAAGUAUUAUAAGUGUUUCCUCUACAACAUUAGAAUACCUUUAUUUCAUGAGUAAUUUAAAGUGAGUUUAGAUUAAUUAAAAUAUAAGACUAUAAAAAGUUUUGAAAAAAAUUAUUAUGUGCUAGUUAUAAUUUUUUUUUCAUUUUAUGGUAAUACUUAAAUUUUAGUUUUAAAAAUUCUUACGAAUAUCUAAUCUUUUUUAAUUGCUCUUAUUUUCUAACUUUAUUUCUGUAUCUGAAAAAUUAUUAAAUAACACAACUAAAUAAGUUUCCUACGAUUUUCAAGGAAAAUAUCUACCAAGUAUUAUAUUAAAUUAACCUAAAUGAUUAGUGGUUAAGAGCCCGUUGUUUCUUUAAUUGUUAUUUUGUUAAAAGUAUAUAUAUUUUU